AUGUUCAUUGCAGGAGGAAGUUCAGAGAUCAAAUAUUCCUGGGUUUUCAACGGUCAGCGGAGCUUCCUGCAACAGGACGCCCGUCGCUUUAUCUCUCAGAGGACAGGCAACUUGUACGUGGCCAAAGUUGAAUCCUCCGACGCGGGGAACUACACGUGUGCGGUGAGAAACAUGAUGACCAACGCCACAGUGCUCAGCUCUCCAACCCCUGUGGUGGUGCGGAGAGACGUGAUGGGCGAAUACGAGCCAAAAAUUGAGGUUCAGUUUCCCGACACCCUUCACAUCUCGAAAGGAUCAUCAGUGAAACUGGAAUGCUUCGCCUUAGGAAACCCGGUGCCUUCCAUCUCCUGGAGAAGAGCUGAUGGAAAUCCACUCCCUGGAAAGAUUAAAAUCAACCACUCCAGUGGGGUUCUGGAAAUCCCAUAUUUUCGCCCAGAGGAUGCCGGUGUGUACGAGUGUGUUGCCGAAAACAGCAGAGGACGAAAUGUAGCCAGAGGGCAGCUUCUAUUCCAGAAUGUUGAGCAUCUGCACUGGGUCCAGACACUGAAAGAUGCUCAUAUGGCAAUAGAUGCUAAUCUGCAGUGGGAAUGUAAAGCCAGUGGGAAGCCGAGGCCGGCGUACAGAUGGCUGAAGAACGAGAAUACACGCCAUGGUCCUGUCUUCACCCAGGAGCCGAGUGACAGCAUUUUCCCCCUGAGCAUUGACGAUAAGCAGGUGUUCAUUAAUUGUAACGCAAGAGGAAACCCAACUCCUCAUUAUCGGUGGAAAAUGGAUGGGAGAGAGAUAAACACAGAGUCGGAUCCGAACUUCAGCCUGGUGGAGGGGAACCUGCUGAUCAGUGACCCUCGUGUCAUGGAUCAUGCAGGAGUGUAUCAGUGCAUCGCCACCAACACAUUCGGGACUGUCGUCAGCAGGGAGGCAAAGGUCCAGUUUGCAUUUCUGCAGAACUUUAGCAUGAAGUCCAGGAACACUGUGUCGGUGAGAGAGGGUCAAGCCGUGGUUCUUCUGUGCGGGCCUCCACCCCAUUACGGAGGUACACUCCUAACUCUUCUUCAUUAUCUGCUGUAGUCACACACUCCUGCUUGCGUCAGCA